AUGAAUAUCAUUAUAAGCAAAACAAUUAGCCUGAAGAAUGUGCCAUGGUUUAAAGAGAGACAGAUGUCUGAGAUCUCGCUGGGUGGAUUACUGAUUCUGGUUGUUAUACGAACAAUACAGUUCAAUAUAGCUCGUAUGAGGGACAAGUACCUUCACACCAACUGUCUAGCAGCACUGGCGAACAUGUCAGCAAAGUUUACCAACCUUCAUCAGUAUGUGGCCCAAAGAUUAGUCAGCUUAUUUUCGCAGCUGUGUAAAAAACACAUGAAACUGGUCGAACAGAUCCGGGUGUCGGCCAUGAAAGAAAGCCAGCGAGGUGACAAGGUUGCAGCACCUGAAGGUCAAGGUCAAGGUCAUAAGGAUGAUGAAGAGGAAGCCAACCAGGAAGAUUAUAUGCAAGAUCUAGCGGUUCUUGAGGAAGUCAUACGAAUGGUUCUGGAGAUUAUCAACUCGUGUUUAACGUCUGGUCUCCAUCACAAUCCCCACCUCGUAUAUACGCUGUUGUAUCAGAAAGACGCGUUUGGGCUGUUCCGAUCACACCCAACCUUUCAGGACGUCAUUGUGAAUAUUGACACUGUGUUGGCGUACUUUUCAACAAAGUUGGAACAAAUGGGCGGGAAUUCGUCUCCCUCGGAAGUGUUACAAGUGAUCGAGCAGUCAUCACGGCAAUUUAGAAGAGAUAGAUUAAAGAAAUUCCCAGAGUUGAAGUUCAAGUAUGUAGAAGAGGAGUCGCCGGAGGAGUUUUUUAUCCCGUACAUCUGGUCACUCGUGUACCACUCGUCUAAUAUGUACUUUAAUGCAACCAAAAUCAUACUGUUUUCAUUGAGUUCAUGAUAGUGUAGGAAAAUAGUUCAACUGUGAUGUUUUCUGUGUUUAUAUGUUAAGCUCAUGCGAGCAUGUCGUGUGUUAAUGUGAUCGACAGUUGUUGUUGUCC